UUUCCGAAAAACAAUUGGCGCCAUAAAUGCAUAUAUUUCGCUCCCUCAAAUACCAGUGUAUUUCUUUGUGUUUAUCUCUUUUAUCCGUUUCAAGUUUCAACAAUGCGGGGGCAAUCCCUCCGAAUCCUUCUUUUCAUUACUGCUAGCACUCUGACUCUAAUCAACCGAACUUCAUGCGACACAGAGCCUAAACCAGGGAGAACUCUUGCAAUUAUAAAGCCAGAUGGUGUUUCUGGUGGUUACAAUAAUAUAAUUCACACUGUUAUUAUUGAUUCUGGUUUCAAAGUCAUUACAAUGAAGAGUACUCAGCUUAAUGAGAGCCAAGCAACCAACUUCUACGUUGAGCAUCAAAAUAGGAUAUUUUUCCCUAACCUCAUCAAGUACAUGACCAGUGGUCCAGUGGUAAUCAUGGUUCUGGAGAAACCUAAUGCCAUUGCUGAGUGGCGUGCUUUGAUUGGACCAACUGAUGCAUCAGAAGCAAAGAAAUCUCAUCCCUCAAGCAUCAGAGCUAUGUGUGGCAAUGAUAAAGAAAGGAACUGUGUUCAUGGUUCAGACUCUCCCGACUCUGCUGCUCGGGAAAUUGAGUUUUUCUUUGGGAAGACAUAUGUCAUGGCGAACUACUCAAGCUAUGAUCAGGAGACGACCAUUGGUUCAUCAGAAGGGGAGAUUUCUUCAUCCCAUGAUGAGCUCUAGCUGAUAGAAUUUGAGGCAAAUGCUUUGCUGACGGGUCAGACAUUGGCUGCUUGCUACAUGUUGAACUGCCUAUAUAUUGUGAAUAUAUACCACUCUUUCACCUUUACGUGUAUCAUAAAUGUGAUGAGGUGAAAUUGAUGAACUUAAUUGGCUUUAGCUGGUGUUGCCCAGCUAAGCUGGUUCUUGGCGUUUUAUGAGUACUGUUGUUUGAGGAUAUCACCAAAAUGCGUCAUUUUCUCUUUUGCUAUGGUAGCUAAACGUAUCAUUUUCUCUUUUGCUGUGGUAGCUGGGAAUUGCAUGAGCACUGCAUCAGUUGUAUUAAUUGAGGAGAGUGUGUAUAUUAGGCCCGACAUUAGAAACUCUUAAUGUUUUUGGUCCA